AUGAAACAGUGGUUCAACGGCGGCCAAAAUUUAUGGUCUCGUGGUCCCUCAUCUGUUGAAGAAGAUAUUUGUUUGGAUAAUGAUCAACUGCCGGAGCUGAAACCGAUUGCGAUUGUUGCUGCUGUGAUAGGAAAACCACAGAUCACACUAACAAGACUAAGCAAUUUUCGACGUCUGCAACGUGCGUGGGUAUAUGUAUUGCGGUUUAUUAAGAUCAGUCACACAAAGGUUCGUGAUGCAUCUCCUAUCCAAGCACAUGAAAUUGCUGAGGCAACGCAUCUUAUCAUUAAGUUCGUACAGAAGGAAUCCUUUGAAGAACUUUUCGAUGAACUGAAAGCGGGAAAAAGAAAAUUAAAGCAGUAUAGAAAUCUGGCUCCAUUUAUUGAUGCGGACGGACUUAUCAGGGUCGGCGGUCGUCUCAAAUACUCGUCUAUUCCUUAUGAUGGAAAGCAUCAAAUUUUACUUCCCGAGAAGCACCAUGUGACACAAAUUCUCAUUCGUCAGUUGCACUGCGACAAUUUUCAUAUUGGGCAGCAGGGUUUGUUGUGUAUCGUUCGCGAACGUUACUGGCCAAUAAAUGCAAAAAUCUUGAUUAGAAGAAUCGUCUCCAAAUGCUACACCUGCUUUCGUCAAAACCCGCCGACAGUAAACCAAUUUAUGAGCAAUCUCCCAGAUUAUCGAAUUACACCAUCUCCUGUUUUCUCAAAUACCGGAGUGGAUUAUGCUGGUCCAGUAUACCUCAAGGAGGCUGGAAAAAAGAAAACGGUUUACAAGGCUUAUAUUGCUCUCUUCAUCUGUAUGGCAACAAAGGCUGUUCAUAUUGAGGUGGUAUCAAAUUUGACUGCAGAAAACUUCAUCGCUGCUUUACAAAGAUUCAUCAGCCGACGUGGUAUGGUGGUCAACAUGUAUUCCGACAAUGGGACGACGUUCGUAGGUGCAAAUCACGAGCUGGCAGAAUUACGGAAAAUGUUUAAAAAACAACAAAAGGUGAAUGAUUUUUGUGCUUCUAAGGGGAUUCAAUGGCACUUUAUUCCCCCACGUAGCCCCCACUUUGGUGCAAUAUGGGAGGCUGGGGUUAAGUCAGCCAAACAUCACUUGAAGCGUGUCAUUGGGGAAACAAAGCUUACAUUCGAGGAGAUGACAACCUUUCUGACGCAAUGUGAAGCUAUCUUAAACAACAGACCGCUAUUCCCGGUUUCGGAUGACCCAAACGACAUCAAAGUGUUGACACCGUCGCAUUUUCUGAUCGGUAGAUCAGCAUCAAGUAUCCCGGAACUCUCUUACGCUGAAACGAAGAUAAAUCGAUUGAAUCGUUGGCAACAUCUCCAACUGAUGAAAGAACAUUUUUGGAAAAGAUGGUAA